AAUCCACCAAGUAAUCACCUCUGUCAGACUGUCAGGAACCACAAAGCUUCCAAGAAAGAACCAUUCAACCAAUUCAUUUCUCUUCCUUCAACGCGUUACACUCUUUACGUGUUCAAUACAUAUAUAUAUAUAUAGAGAGAGAGAGAGAAUCCAUAGUUAUAUAUACAUACAUUAGGAGAGAGAGAGAGAGUGAGGGAGAUGGGGAGUUACAACUACUAUCGGGUGUUGGGGUGCUUCAACCGGAAAUUCAAGAUCAGCGAGUUGCAGGCGCCGCCGGACGUGAGGGCGGCGUUCGUGAAAUACGCGGAGGGGGCGGAGCACAUGACGGCGGAGCAGCUGCGAAAGUUCUUGGUGGAGUACCAAGGGGAGGAAGCCUGCACCGCCGCCUCCGACGCGGAGGCCAUCGUGGCCACAGCAUUCAACCGCCGCCACCACCUCGGCCGCCGCUUCACCCUUGACGACUUCCUCGAUUUCCUCUUACAAGAUCAUCUCAAUGCCCCCAUCACUUCUCAGGUGCAUCAUGACAUGAGUGCUCCAAUGCAGCAUUAUUUCAUAUACACAGGCCACAAUUCCUACUUAACUGGAAACCAGUUGAGCAGUGAGUGCAGUGAAAUCCCAAUCAUUAAAGCUCUAGAAAAUGGUGUUCGAGGCAUAGAGUUAGAUCUAUGGCCCAAUUCUACCAAAAAUAACAUCCAUGUUCUUCAUGGGAGGACGUUGACUUCUCCGGUAUCACUGAGGAAAUGCUUUGAGUCUAUCAGAAAGCAUGCAUUUGUUAAAUCUCCCUACCCUGUCAUCAUCACUAUAGAGGACCACCUCACUCCAGAACUUCAGGCUAAAGUUGCAGAGAUGGCAACACAAGCUUUUGGUGAUAUGCUUUAUGUUCCAGAGUCAGAGUGCUUGGAUGAAUUUCCUUCACCUAAUGAGUUAAAGCACAAAAUAAUACUCUCUACAAAGCCACCAAAGGAAUACCUUAUAAAUAACAAGGAUGAUGAAACUUCAGCUGAUCUGCAGGAAAAUAAUUCGUCCGAGGACGACGACAAGAGCGACGAGGAGAAUGAAGAGAUGAAGAGGGCGCCGGAAUAUAAACGCCUGAUAGCGAUUCGUGCCGGAAAUGCCAAGAAAGGUUUGAGGCAAGCGCUCAUACAUGGAAGCCACACAGUUAGUAGACUUAGUUUGAAUGAACAAAGGCUUCAAAGGGCUGUAGAUUUGUAUUCAACACAUCUUAUAAGAUUCACCCAGAAUAAUAUCUUGAGGGUAUUUCCUAAGAGCACAAGAGUAACCUCAUCCAACUUUAAGCCCAUUACAUGCUGGAUGCAUGGAGCUCAGAUGGUGGCAUUUAAUAUGCAGGGCUAUGGAAAAUCGCUUUGGAUGAUGCAUGGAUUGUUUAGAUCCAAUGGAGGCUGCGGUUAUGUGAAGAAGCCCGAUUUGCUUAUGAACAAAGGUCCAAACGAAGAGGUUUUCGACCCCAAACUAACACUGCCUGUGAAGAAAACAUUGAAGGUAACUGUGUACAUGGGAGAAGGAUGGCGAUUGGACUUCAGUCACACGCACUUUGACACCUAUUCACCACCAGAUUUCUAUACUAAGGUGCACAUAGUUGGCGUGGAAGCAGAUGCUGCAAAGAAGAAGACGCGGAUAAAGGAAGACGACUGGACUCCGUAUUGGGACGAGGAGUUUGUGUUCCCAUUGAGAGUUCCGGAGUUGGCUAUUUUGAGGAUUGAAGUAAGGGAUCACGAUACGCCGGAGAAGGGGGAUUUUGGCGGCCAGACGUGCCUGCCCGUAUCCGAGCUGAGGCCCGGGAUACGGGCAGUUCCCCUAUACGACAGGAAGGGUCACAAAUACAAGUCUGUGAGGCUCCUUAUGCGCUUUCAGUUUCUGUGACAAACACACCAAUUCUUGUAUGUAUCUAUGGAUGUGAUUGUGUUGAGAAAGUUUUGAUCAAAUGGCUUAUAAUAUGUUUCAAAUCAAGAAA